AUGACGGGACCACCUGACCUCGGCCUGAACGCCUCUGCUUGGCCCCGCCCCUGUGUCAACACUUCCUGUCAGCCUCCGAUCAGGUCGUGUCCGUACAGCACGGCUCAGCUGACCCUCAUCGUCAUGGUAACCGCCUCCCUCAGCGUCAUCACCGUCCUCGGCAACACGCUGGUGAUCCUGUCCAUCAAGGUGAACCGUCACCUGCGCACGGUCAAUAACUACUUCCUGUUGAGCUUGGCGGUGGCCGACCUGGUCAUCGGGCUGCUGUCCAUGAACCUGUACACGCUGUACCUGCUGCGGGGCCGCUGGCCCCUGGGGGCCGCCGUCUGUGACCUGUGGCUGGUGGUGGACCAUGUGGUGAGCAGCGCGUCCGUCAUGAACCUGCUGAUCAUCAGUCUGGACCGCUACCUGUGCAUGACACGCCCCCUCAGCUACCCUGUACGCCGGACGGGCAAGAUGGCGGGUCUGAUGAUUGGCGCCGCCUGGCUGUUGUCCCUGGUGCUCUGGGCCCCCGCCAUCCUCUGCUGGCAGACGUGGGAGGGUCGCCGUGUCGUCCCUGACCAUCUGUGUUACACCCAGCUCCUCGCCAGUCCCGCCGUCACCCUGGCGACCACGCUUCCUUCGUUCUACCUGCCAGCGCUCGUCAUGAUUGGUCUGUACAGCCGCCUGUCUGUGGCCAGCCAGAGCCGACUGAGCGCGCUCAGAACAGAGCGGGGGACUCUCAGGAUCUCUAGUCCGUCCAUCAAAGACUUCCUCCUGAAACGGCGCAGCUGGGUGACCAGCGACCCCGGCUCAGACGUGUCUCUCAACCAAUCAGAGUCCAGCACGCCAAAGCACAGGAAGAACCAGCGAGCGGCGAGGAGCCCAGGUGAGACCUCGGAGCAGGUGGACGUCUGUCUGUCCCCUCAGGUGUGUCACUCCAGGACUGCCCGCCCCCCCGCGGACAGAGACUACAACAAGAUCGAAAACGACUCCUCCUCCACCGCCGACCUCCACAGGACGGCCUCAGCGGCGUUCUCCGUCUGUCCGAGCUUCAGGUCGCAGGAGCGGCGGAGGCGUCGUGUCAUGGCGAGGGAGAGGAGGGUCACCAAGACCAUCCUGGCCAUCCUGCUGGCCUUCAUCCUCACCUGGACGCCGUAUAACAUCAUGGCGGUGGUGGCGGCCUUCUGUCACUUCUGUAUCCCAGAGUUCCUGUGGACGACGGGUUACUGGCUGUGCUACAUCAACAGCGCCAUCAACCCGGGCUGCUACGCCCUGUGCAACGUGACCUUCAGGAAGACCUUCUGCAGCCUCCUGAGGUGCCGCAGCAGGAAGUUACGCUGA